CCUAGACUUGCACCAGCAGAUUGCAGAACUACACAGCCAGCUGCAGCGGAGUGGGGCCCAUAUCACCAGCAUUGAGCACGAGCUGAUGGACAGUAGGCAAGCCAUGGACCUUGACCUCAUCAAGGUCAAGGAAGAGUUGAGCAGGCUCCGUGAUCGAUAUGACAGGUUAUUAGAAAGUCAUAAAAAGAUGCAGAAGAUUAAUCAUGAUUUGGAGGACAAAUUAUUAAGAAUGGUUGGUCAGUUUGAGUCCGAGAAGGUCAGCCUGCAGCAAGAACUGUCCACAAUGAUGAACAAGCUUGUGGACGCCCGGGUCUUGAUCAGCCAGUUGGACGAGGAGAGUGAACGGUACAGGACAGACUGCAACACUGCUGUCCAGUUGCUACAGUGCAAGCCUUCCAACUUUGUAGCACACAAACUCAACACAACUUACUGUGGAGAUCAGGUGGCAAUGUCUAGGAAAGCAAAGGCGUCAUCCAAUGUCUGUGCACUUAUCGCUCGGGUGCUGACCCAGUCGGAAUCGCGCCGCGUGUAUCCCCGGAUGUUUUUGUGCACAGCAUGCAAACAAGAUGUCUUCCAGGAGGAUAAGGGCUGCCAGGUUGACCUUCUGUCCAGAACGGCUAGAACUGUGGAAAUUACCACACGGAAAAGCAGGGAACGCAAUCAAAGCUUCGUCCACAAUGCCAGUCCUAAAGGAAGCUUCACCACUGUCAGCUUGAGCAACAGCAGCAUUCAUGACUCGGGGAUCAACAUCUCGGGGUCUAGGGAUCGUUUAGGGAGCAUGGGCUCGGAGACGGACUAUUAUUAG